GUAAAGAUGAAAGAAUUAAAGAGUUGGAAGUGAAGGUAGAAGAAUUAGAAGAAAAAGUUGAAGGUUUGGAAGAUGAUUUAAAAAUAAAAUACAAAGAAAUUGAGAAAGCAUUAAUUGUAGCUGAUGAGUGA